UUUAAACGGCACGUGGGUGAGCAGGAGGAAGAUGCUGACCUUUGGAUCGGAUAUGCUGCCUUUCAUCUGGGUGACUACAAGAGAGCACUGGAGGAAUAUGAGGCUUUAACCAAACAGCCAGCUUGCAAUCCAGAUGUUUGGGUGAAUCUUGCCUGUACAUACUUCUUUCUGGGAAUGUAUACACAAGCUGAACAAGCAGCCUUGAAAGCACCUAGGAGUCGUCUCCAGAACCGUUUACUCUUUCACCUGGCUCAUAAGUUCAGUGAUGAGAAGAAACUGAUGAGCUCUCACCAAAAUCUGCAAGACAUUACAGAAGAUCAGCUUAGCUUGGCAUCUAUCCACUACAUGCGGUCCCACUACCAAGAAGCUAUUGAUAUCUACAAACGCAUUCUUCUUGAUAAUCGGGAAUACCUGGCUCUGAAUGUAUAUGUGGCCCUAUGCUAUUACAAACUGGAUUACUAUGAUGUAUCACAGGAAGUGCUAGCUGUUUAUCUUCAGCAAGUUCCUGACAGCACCAUUGCUCUUAACCUUAAGGCUUGUAACCAUUUCCGACUUUACAAUGGGAAGGCUGCUGAGGCAGAGCUCAAGAAUUUGACAGACAGUGCCUCAUCAUCUUUUGAGUUUGGCAAGGAGCUCAUUAAGCACAAUCUGGUGGUGUUCCGAGGAGGAGAAGGGGCUUUGCAGGUCCUGCCUCCUCUGGUUGAUGUUAUUCCUGAGGCAAGACUGAAUCUUGUUAUAUACUAUCUCCGGCAAG